AAGAGCACUUGAAAAGUAAAAGGAAUAUGUUGCUAACGAGGUCGCGCGCCAAUAUUAAGUACUCAGAUAUCAUAUUAUUUUAGUUUAUAUUAUAACAUUUAGUCUACAUAGUUGGUACAGGACUAAAUUUACUUCUGUAAAUCUUACAUUUAUAAACAAAAUGAAUAACAAGAACUACAACAUUUCGACUCAACACCCGUACUUUAACAAAACAUAUUUCCCGAUAGAAGACUACUAUGACAUCGAGGAAUUCUACGAAAUAGAAACAUUUCGAGCAUGGGAGGAAAAGUUCGAAACUGUCCGAACUUUAAACAAGAUUUUUCUUGUCGUCUGCAUAGUUCUAGUUGUCAUCGACUUCCUGUUGAUGUUUACCGUCCUCUCUGCGCCUGUAAGGAAAGAGUCAGCAAGCUGGUACCUGUAUCAUCUUAACUUUGUGACAAUUCUUCAAGUUAUUUUCGCUCUUCCAAGACUUGAGGCAUCUCUUCAUGAAACAUACGGAUUUUGCAUGUUUUUCACGUUCACAGAAUGGGUCUUGACACUAGCACACUAUGUUAGCAUUGUUUUGAUGGAUAUUGAAAUUCUUGCAAACAUUUUUGCAUUGGAUCCGAAAUGGAAAAAUAAUCCUAGUAAACGAUUUCAUAUAUCAAUUGCUGUAACAUGGAUCUCGUGCAUUCUUUUUUCGGUAAUUGCGGUGUUCUUUGGGCACGAAGAACACUCCGCGCUCCCAAUCUGCUUCAAUUUGAAUAAAACUGCGGAAACCAUGGGACAUGUCUUGAAAAACCUUUUACCUUUUCUUUUUACAACUGGUUUAAUGAUUGCAGGAAUAACGCUUUUUAUUCACUCGAAAAGAAAUCCGGAAACCUACACACAUGUAACUCAAUAUCGGCUACAGACCUUUAACGAAUGGUUCGUGUGCUUUUUAAUUUGGAAUUCUUUCAUUGCGUUUGCAGAAAUUUUGGCACACAAUAUGCAUUUGCAUGUUGUUACUUUUGACUUUGUUUGGGAUGUGGCCUUCCAAAUGAUCAUCUUUAUAAUACACAUCGGACUUCCGGUGAGCUGCCUCAUUCUUCAACCAGUGCGCACGACUUGUGAGCAAUCGGCGAUGACAGUCUAUCAUUAUGUUACUGGAAAAAGCAGAUCGUGUUCAACGGAUUCUCCCGAGGUUCAGCUGUUAAGAGUUGAAUCUUCCGACUGAUGGGUCAUCGGCAACUUAAUAAUAGCAGCUUUAGACGGGGUAAACAUUUUAGAUCUAAAGACAGUGUUCAUAUUGGCAAUUUAAGACCCAGCGUUCAUUUUGGCAACAUAAGACUCAUACUGUUCAUGUUGGUUACUGAAGACAAAGUGUUUGUAUUUAUUGGAAACACGAGACACAGUAUUCAUAUUGUUUUGCAUAAUACAACUUGUUCAUAUUGGUAAUUAAGACGCCGUUUAUAUUGGUAACAUGAAACACAUUGUUCUUAAUGAUAACAUAUAAGACACAGUGUUUAUAUUGCUAUCAUAAGACAGAGUGUUCAUAUUUGUAGCAUAAGACUAAGUGUUCAUAUUGGUAACAUAAGACAUUGUUGAUAUAAUUAUUGGCAACAUGACACAGUGUUCAUAUUGGUAGCAUAAGACACAGUGUUUAUAUUGGUAGCAUAAGACAUUGUUAAUAUAAUUAUUGGCAACAUGACACAGUGUUCAUAUUGGUAGCAUAAGACACAGUGUUUAUAUUGGUAGCAUAAGACACAGUGUUCAUAUUGGUAGCAUAAGACAAAGUGUUCAUAUUGGUAGCAUAAGACAGUGUUUAUAUUGGUAGCAUAAGACACAGUGUUCAUAAUGAUAGCAUGAGACAGUGUUCAUAUUGGUAGCAUAAGACACACUGUUCAUAUUGGUAGCAUAAGACACAGUCUUUAUAUUGAUAGCAUAAGACAUAAUGUUUUAUAUUGGUAACAAAAGACACAGUGUUCAUAUUGGUAGCAUAAGGCCAAUAGUUCAUAUUGGUAUCAUAAGACAAUGUUAAUAUUGGCAAUAUAAGACUCAGUGUUCAUACUGGCUACGUAGAUCAUGUUUAUAAUGGUAAAAUAUGACACUUUUAUAUUGGUAGCAUAAGGCAGAGUUCAUAUUGGUAGCAUAAGACACAGUGUUUAUAUUGAUAUUAUAAGACACAAUGUUCAUAUUGGUAGCAUAAGACAAAGUGUUCAUAUUGGUAGCAUAAGACACUGUGUUUAUAUUGGUAGCAUAAGACACUGUGUUCAUAUUGGUAGCAAAUGACACAGUGUUUAUAUUGGUAGCAUAAGACACAGUGUUCAUAUUGGUAGCAUAAGACAAAGUGUUCAUAUUGGUAGCAUAAGACAGUGUUUAUAUUGGUAGCAUAAGACACAGUGUUCAUAUUGAUAGCAUGAGACAGUGUUUAUAUUGGUAGCAUAAGACAAACUGUUCAUAUUGGUAGCAUAAGACACAGUCUUUAUAUUGAUAGCAUAAGACACAGUGUUCAUAUAGGUAGCAUAAGGCCAAUAGUUCAUAUUGGUAUCAUAAGACAAUGUUAAUAUUGGCAAUAUAAGACUCAUACUGGCUACGUAGAUAGUGUUUAUAAUGGUAAAAUAUGACAGUUUUAUAUUGGUAGCAUAAGGCAGAGUUCAUAUUGGUAGCAUAAGACACAGUGUUAAUAUUGAUAUUAUAAGACACGUUUUAUAUUGGUAGCAUAAGACACUGUGUUUAUAUUGGUAGCAUAAGACACAUUGUUCAUAUUGGUAACAUAAGACACUGUGUUUAUAUUGGUAGCAUAAGACACAUUGUUUAUAUUGGUAACAUAAGACAGUGUUUAUAUUGGUAACAUAAGACAAUGUUUAUAUUGGUAACAUAAGACACAAUGUUAACAAUAUAAGACAGUGCCCAUAUUGGUUGACAUAGUGUUCAUAUUUGUAACAUAAGACGUAGCUUUCAUUUUGGAAGCAUAAGACACCUUGUUCAGAUUGGUAAAUUUAGACACCUUGUUCAGAUUGGUA